AUGGCCAUGCAAGGAGCUGCCGCAAAGUUUCGAAAAUCCGCCAGUUUAAUUAUCUUGGCCCGUGAUAAAACGGCACAGAAUCCCGACUUCAAAGCUUUGCUUUUCAAGAGGCCUCCACAGGCCUCAUUUAUGCCAAAUUCCGCUGUAUUCCCCGGUGGUGUUUUCGAGGCCUCCGAUGAGACACCUCUAUGGAGAAAACAUUUUGAAAAAAUGGGUGCCAGCAAACAGCUGUCGGCACUGACCGAGGUACCUAAGGAUAAGAAAUCGGCUAUUUAUGAUAAUGACAAUCCGGAGGCUAUUGAGAGGGAAAUUUCCCUGCGCAUUGCUGCUGUCCGUGAGGCCUUCGAAGAGUUGGGUGUUAUCUUUUGCCGCGAUCGUAAAUCUUUGGCCCAAGGCGGUGGGGAAGGUUAUGGUAAUUUUAGAGAGGACUUUGAUCGCAACCAUUGGCAGAAGUUGGUUCAUAACGAUAGCAACAAAUUUUUGGAAUUAUGUCAGGAGCUGGAAAUUGUACCGGAUCUGUGGAGUCUACAUCAAUGGUCGAAUUGGUUUACACCGACUUCGUUUAAGAAAAGAUUCAACACAGCCUUCUUUAUGAUUGCCCUGCAAACAAUUCCGGAUGUAAUAAAAGAGAAGAAUGAGGUCACCGAUUUUGCGUGGCGCACCCCAGCCGAGUAUCUGCAACAACAUUUCAACAAAGAAAUCUGGCUGCCACCACCACAAAUCUAUGAACUUUCCCGUCUGUUGAAUUUCACCCAGCUGGAAGAUUUGAAAAAUUUUGCCCUACAACGACGCCAUGAAGGUCUCGAUGUUACCCUACCCAUAGAAUAUAUGUGUAAGGAUUCUCGUGUCAAUCUCUUGCCUGGUGAUGAUCGGUAUUCGGUAGAAAAUUGCAAACCGGAAAUUGAAAAAAUCGACAAGACAGCCAAAGAAUUUCGUGAGGGUGUGGAGAAAAUGCAUCGCAUUGAAUUUUAUGGACCCAAUGAUGCCGUGUUGCGUUUGAACUAUCAACUGCCACAUGGUCAUAUCGCGCCGAUUAAUGCAAAUCCCAAGAAAAGGGAUUGA